AUGCAUUGUCUGACAGUCAAUUUGGCUCAGGCGCUGAUCAAAGUACAUCACCCGUACUCGUCGGCCGUGUCGUUUCAACUGGAUUUGUCGUCUGUGCGCUUUAACAUCGCCUUAGAUCGACACAUGCUCAAGCCUACCGCUGACCGGCGCAAUAGACAGUCCACAGCCAAUGCCCUGCGCAUACCACCAAGUCGCACAAGCACCCCACCUGCUGUACAGUAUGGGCCUGAGUCAGGGUAUCUGUUGGGUGCAGAUGACGUAUCGCGUUUGGACACUCCAUCUUCUCGCGCAUUGUCACAGCGCCAGUCGAUGCUGAGCUCGGUUACGGCCACGACCAGCGGCACCACCUCUAAGCGAAGGUGA